AUGAGGUUACUCCGCACCGCGGGAGCGGCAACUCUCUUCCUGUCGCCCGCCACUUUUGCGACCAACAACCCUCUGACCCCAGGCAAACUUGAGGCGGACAUUAGAACCGAAGAGUUGCAAAAUGUCCUCUGGAACCUCAAUCACAUUGCGGUCACCCACGGCGGCAACCGAGCCUUUGGCGAGCCUGGGUACAAAGCCUCGCUCGACUUUAUUCUCGAGCGCGCCCAGACACGCUUCCACAAUGAGUUUGACACUGUCGUUCAGCCCUUCAACCACACCUACGGCAAGACGAACCAGAUCAAGGUGACUGGACCAGAGGGCGAGGAUGUCUUUGUCAUCAGCCCAUUGUACAAUCCCGCCACGCCGCUGCCUGAUGGUAUCACCGCUCCCUUGGUAGAUACACCGGUCGAUGACGAGCGCGGAUCGGCGUGCUUUCCGGACCAGUGGGAGGGGGUCGAUGUGAAGGGGAAGCUGGUACUAGUAAAGAGAGGCAUUUGUGCUGUGGCAGAUAAGUCGGCCCUUGCUAAGGAGCGCGGGGCACUGGGGGUGAUCUUGUAUAACGAACAGCCGGGUACGAACAUCGUCGUCCCGACUCUGGGUGCAGAGAGCAUCGGCAAGACUGUUCCUAUCGGAAUUAUUCCCUUGGAAGUAGGACAGAGCUGGAAGUCCCGGUUGGCAGAUGGCGAGGAGGUGACUGUGCACCUGCUGGUCGAUUCCAUAUCCGAUACGCGCGAGACGUGGAACAUUAUUGCCGAGACCAAACAGGGCGACCCCGACAAAGUUAUCAUGCUCGGUGCACAUCUCGACAGCGUGCAGGCGGGAGCAGGCAUCAAUGACGACGGCAGCGGCACGGCAGCUCUCCUGGAGAUCUUGACCGCGGUCCGGCGCUACGAUGGAUUCCCACAUAAGAUUCGGUUCGCCUGGUGGGCAGCAGAAGAGAGUGGUCUGGUCGGAUCCCUCUACUACACCUCCCACUUGACCGAGGAGGAAGCCGACCGCAUCAAGUAUUACUUCAACUACGACAUGAUUGGCUCUCCCCAUCCCGACUUUGAAAUUGCAAGCGAUGGCAACAGCGGAGUCGGGCCGCAGCUUCUGGAGGAAUACCUCGUCGAGCAGGGGAAGGAGAUUGUCCACGGCGGCUUCGGUUCUGGCUCCGAUUUUGUGGGCUUCCUCGAGCUUGGCAUCCCGAGUACCGCGCUACAUACCGGUGCAGGAGCUCCAUUCGACGAAUGCUACCACCAGGCGUGUGAUGACCUCGACAAUAUCAACUGGGAGGCGCUGACCGUCAAUGCCAAAGCGGCCGCUCGGGCGGCUGCCCGGCUGGCCAACUCGCUCGAGGGCGUGCCGCCCCGCAAGAAAACUAGCCUGAAUCUUCACACGCGCCGUGGAGUGGUGCAAAACUUCCGAAAGUGGGCUUCAUUGGCCGAGGAAGCGAGCCACGGGCACACGUGCUCGCACACGGGAAAGAGGGUCGUAGUGUAA